AUGGCUACACUCCGCCGUGACCGCGUCGAGCACGCGUUGAACGAGCUGCUGGUGCGCAUCGUGCCCGAGGACCCCAACGACGACGACGAGACGGCCAACCAGCGCUUUGAAGAUGCCUUUGACUUUGCCAUUGACGAGCUCACGUCGGCAGGCGACCCCUCGCUGGUGCCGGACAUGCAUCAUAUCGCCAGCCUGAUGGAGCGCAAGGUCGCGGGCCCGCGGAAUGACCAGCACAAGAGCGCUCGUCUGCACAACCUCCUCUCGCGCCUCGAGACGCAGGAGGUCCUGGACCAGAAAUGGCGCAUGCUCUACUUCCUCUACAAGCUGUCGGAAAAGGGCGAGCCUGUGCCCGACGCGCCCGUCCGCCAGGAUCCCCGCAGCUUCCCCCGCGAGCCCACGACGCCUUCCAAGCGCGCCUCGGCCGCCGCCUUCCAGGACGCCUUUGCAAAGCCCGGCCUCGCCCAGGUGCCAGUCAAUGCCGGCUCGCCCAAGGCCUCGACGCGCCCCCCGUCCAUCGCCGAGAAGCCCGACAAGCGCCGCGACCGGCGCUCGCAGGACACGACCAAGGAGCAGCACGCCAGCCGAAGCCAUGCCGAAAAGGUUGACAUGGGCCCGUCCGAGCCGACGCUGCUGCGCGAGCUCCCCUUCACCCUGCAGGGCUACUCGUCGGCCAAUCUCGCCUUCCCAUCGUCGACCGCCCUCAAGCUCCCACCCACCCUGCCCGUGCCCAUCGUCGGCCUGCUGCACACCCUCGCCGAGCCUGCCAUACUGUACAAGGGCCUGGCUGAGUUUGUCGAGGCAAGCAAUGGCGGCCUGAUCGAGCAGAGUUUCCGCGCCGCCUUGGCCAAGGAGCUGCGCGCGUACCUGGGCCUAGUCGCCACGCUGGAAGGCCAGAUCAAGAGAGCCCUGGCUCAGUCGGGCGAGGGUUCGGCGCACCAGGGCGUGGGCAAGGCCGGCGUCACGCUCAAACGAUGCGUCAUAUGGAUCAGAGAGCCGACCAUGGGCCUGCGCCUCAUGAGUCUGAUGGUCGAAGAAUCAAAGACCAAGAAGGGUGGCGAGCUGAUUACCCUCAUCCACUCCUUCUCACUCAACCACGGAGACCCCUAUGUGAUGAGCUUUGCCGAGCGCCUCCUCUCCGAUGUCACCCGCCCAUUCUACGACAUGCUCAGGCAAUGGGUUUACGAUGGUGAGCUCGCCGAUCCCUUCGGAGAGUUCUUUGUCUCGGAGCAGAGCGAAGACGAGAUCAUCGAAGCCAACGGUAACGAGGGCAAGGGCGGCGCCACAAGUGUGUGGGAAGACAAGUACAGGCUGAAUGACAAGAUGGUCCCCACAGUUGUUACAGAGGACUUUGCCAAGAAGGUCUUUCUGAUUGGCAAGACGCUCAACUUUAUUCGCUACGGCUGUGGAGAUGCUGCCUGGGUUGACACGUAUUCCAAAGAAGCUUCCAAAGAGCUGCAAUAUGGUGACACCGCCAACCUGGAGAGGUCCAUUGGCGACGCCUAUAAAACCACCAUGGCCCGCCUUAUUGACCUCAUGGCAAACAAGUUCAAGCUGUUUGACCACUUGCAAGCGCUGAAGAAGUACAUGCUGCUUGGUGCAGGCGACUUCAUAGCUGUCCUCAUGGAGUCUCUAUCUUCCAACCUCGACCGCCCAGCCAACACCCAGUAUCGACACACGCUCACCGCACAACUCGAACAUGCCGUCAGAAACUCCAAUGCCCAGUUCGACACAUCAGACGUUCUUCGCCGACUUGACUCCCGCAUGUUGGAACUUUCGCAUGGUGAAAUUGGGUGGGACGUCUUUACACUCGAGUACAAAAUCGAUGCACCCGUAGACGUCAUCGUGACUCCCUUCGGCUCCAAGCAAUAUCUAAAAGUCUUCAACUUCCUAUGGAGAGUGAAGCGUGUCGAAUUUGCUCUCGGCUCUACGUGGCGUCGCUGCAUGACUGGUGCUCGUGGUGUUCUGGGUACUGUAUCUGACAAGAUGGGGUCGGACUGGAAAAAAGCCCGGUGUGCAAUGGCAGAAAUGAUCCACUUCGUCAACCAGUUACAGCACUACAUUCUCUUUGAAGUCAUUGAAUCCUCAUGGAUCGAUCUGCAGAGAGCACUGAAUAAGCCAGAGAGUACCCUGGACGACAUGAUUGAAGCCCACGCAAAGUACCUCAACAACAUCACCAGGAAAGGUCUCCUUGGAAGCUCUAGCAUAGAUUUCACGGGGCAAUUGCACGAGUUGCUCAAGACUAUGCUGGCAUACAAGGACGCGGUAGACGGCCUCUACUCUUGCUCAGUCGCAGAGUUCACUCGAAGACAGGAACAUGCUGCCAAGAUCGAGACACGAACCGCAGCCGGUAGAUGGGGUCUUUCUGAGAAGGACAUGCAUGGUGGCUCAUCCUCGGACUCUGUUUCGCGGUCGCGCGCCGCAUCCACUAACCAGGAUCCCGAUUCGUCUUUCCCACCACCACUGUUGAAGAUGGGCAUGGCUGGGUCUGCCGAGGAUGACGUACUGCCGGCACUUCAGAAGCGCCUGGGGAACCUGACGGACGAUUUCAAGGCGCGGAUCAGUAUUCUCUUGGGUGAUUUGGUGCAUUCUCCUGAUGGCGAGCUGAAGAUGUUGGCCGUCAACAUCAACUUCAACGAUUUUUACAAGCCCGAGCGAAGACGAAGAAAAGGAUCGCAAAGACGCGAAAAGGAAAAGGAGACACCAAAAGUUGCUUCGGCUGCAGCGUAA